AUGGUUUUCGCAAUAGGUUCUAUCACUCCCUACCGUCGAGGAAGUAGUAAAGAACAUCCUUACGGCUAUUUCCUCGCGGCUCGGCGAUAUUUUGGAGCCAUCCAGCUUACAGGGAGCAUCGACGCCAUCCAGAAUCUUUUGCUCUUGGCGAGAUUUGGCAUGUAUUACCAUAUCGGCCGGCCAUUUGCCAUAUCAGACGAUGAUAUCACAGUGGAACUACCAUUUGACACCAACGAGGAGGAUAUACCAAUCACAACAUCCGAGCUAUCACUCCUAGACGUCCGUGUUGAAAGUCAAUGUCACCCAACCGAACUAUCCGUUUUCAUUCACUACACCAAGCUUCGCUUGCUUUCCUCACGGAUAAAUAAGACAUUCGAUCCGAGUCUAAACACGCCACACAUAGAUCAGAAUGUGCAACUUGACGCACCUGGUAAAGUCUACCGUGACUUCGCCUUAUAUUCUACAAGGCUGAAGGAGUGGAGGGACUCGGCACCGACUUUUACGUCACCGAGUUGCGUAUUCGAACGGCCCGAGUGGUACGACAUGUUAUUAGAGCAGGAGAGACUGUUUCUAGCACGAGGAGCCAUACGUAAAGCACCAAAGCAGGGUGGCCGCCCUCCCCCGGACAUUCUCACUUUCUACCGUGGCUGUGCAGAAAGGGUCGUUGAGCAGUACACCGUUCUACUUGAUAGAAGCUUGAUCACCUGGACAAGAGGUUCUUUCUACCUUAUCUUCACGGCGGGACUCUCUAUACUAUACUGCGUAUCACUGGGUGGGCGCCAAGACAAGGAAGUGGCCAAAACUCUCGAUGCAUGCAGUGCCAUUUUACAAAAGCUCAAGACCGAGAUGCCUGAUGCUGGAAAGUUUGUAGUUGUUUUCGAGGAGCUGCGAAAGAAGCUUGUCAACUUUUCUAUCCCCGCCAACCAUCCACCAUCGGAAGGUGACAACGCCGAUGAGGAGAGGAUCAGAGCCCAAGAGCACCCCGUGGAAUUGUCGCAAAGUGACGGACUGCCCGCAGAAGCCAACGUGACCACGGCCGAAACUCAAAUCCAAAGGGAUCUAGGAGUAUGGGGAAUGAUGGCUCUUGAUGCUGAUAAUGGAGAUGGUUCAUUCUCGUCAUUACACAACGCUCCUCCCGUCGGGGCGUCAAACCUCAUGCUGCAGCACGAUGCCUCUAUCCAGCCGCGGCUAACUCUAGCCGAUUGGGAGAUGGAUGACGAUCUGCUGAUGAGAAGUCUCGAACCUAGCUAUGGGGAGUUUUCUUGGGGCGACAUUGAUAUAGAUCAGAUCCCAUUUAUUUAA